AUGUCAUCUCAAACGACACACCGCGAAUUCACCAUCAAGGCACCCGAGUUUGCCUACGCGCAGCUCGACCUGGCCACCGACGGCGAGCCCGGCCGCGCCACCACCACCACCACCACCACCCUGGACGAGCUCCUCGUGCGCUCGUACUGCGCCGGCGCGCUGCGCCAGUUCCUCGGUGACACGGGCGCCGGCAUCCCGGUCGACGUGCUCAAGGUUGAUCCGGCGCGGUGCUGGGUACGCGUGCCGCGCGACGACCUCGGCACCCUGGCGGCAGCGCUGACGGCGUACCGGGGGAGCGUGGCCGACGGCGUGCCGUUCCUGCUGCGCGUCGGGCAGUGCUCCGACUGGCUUGGCACCAUGGUUGGCAGCGAGGCGUUAGAUAAGCUUUGGCAGGAGUGA